AUGUCUUCUCCUAGUAACACAAAAGUCUUUCUUGCUUGGUAUUUGUCUCAACUUGCUGCAAACCCUCUUCGUACAAAGGCUUGUACCUCUGGUAUUUUGUCAGGUUUGCAAGAAUUAACAGCACAGAAACUUUCUGGUGCUAAGGAACUUGAUAAAAGAGUCAUUCAAAUGGCUGCAUAUGGUUUGUUUGUCUCUGGACCCUUGAGUCACUUGAUGUAUGAAAUUAUGAAUAAAGUAUUUGCGGGUAAGCAAGGUCCUCAAGUGAAAAUCGGUCAAUUGCUCUUUUCCAACUUGAUCAUUUCACCCAUCAUGAAUUCAGUCUAUUUGACUGCCAUGGCUAUUAUGGCUGGUGUUCGUUCUCCUGCUUUAUUAAAAGCUAACAUCAAGAAGGGUCUCUUACCUAUGCAAAAGGUUUCUUGGGUUGUUUCUCCUUUGACAAUGCUUUUUGCUCAAAAGUUCCUGCCUCCCACUACUUGGGUGCCUUUCUUUAACUUGGUUGCUUUUGUUUUUGGUACAUACAUUAAUACUAUGGUUAAACGCAGACGUAUUAAGGAAGCAGAGGAAGCAGAGAAGAAACAAUAG